AUGUCAGUUUCUUUGCUGUUUAGAAAUAUACCUUCAAGCUCAGCCAAGCGUGUAUUGUUAUUGAAAUCAAUUAGAUGUUAUUCCACCCCAGUUGAAUCUAGUGACAUUAGUGUUAGUAACUUAGAACAUUCUACUGAAGAAGAAGACGAUGUGUUUCUAUUACGCCAAAAACAAUACAAUGAUCAACUUGUUGAGAGCCUAAAGAAAUUAAAAGCUACCCCGGUAGAAGAAAUCGAAGGUUUGGCAGAUACUUUGGAAACUCCAUUAACUGAGAAAGAAAAGCAAUUGGAUGCAGAAUUAUUUGACUUUUUAAAGAAAUAUUCUCAAUCCAAUAAAAUUAUUGAGACUGAUAACCUAAAUAUGGACAAUAUAGACUCUUCGUCGUCUACUUUAUCUUCUUCAAUCAAUGCUUUCAAAGGUUCUAACACUAUCAAUGGUAAGAAAUUCCCAUAUUUAAUUCCUUCCCAAAGGGAUAAACCUUACACUACACAGGAAUUAUUUUUAAGACAGUUAAAGCAUGCGUCUCACACUGCAAAAUUGGGAGCGAAUAUCCAUGACAUAUAUUUUCCACACAAAGAUAUAAGUUCUCCUAGUUUACCUGAAAAGAUGACAAUGUCAAAGCUGCUAGCAGCAGGUGUCCAUUUAGGUCAGUCUACUGCGUUAUGGAGGGCAUCUACUCAACCUUUCAUUUACGGCGAAUAUAAAGGAAUCCACAUUAUAGAUCUAAAUCAGACAUUACAUUAUUUGAAGAGAGCUGCAAAAGUAGUGGAAGGUAUCACUGAACAAGGCGGUAUCGUUUUAUUUUUAGGCACAAGAGAAGGUCAAAAGAAAGCCUUAUACGAAGCUGCCAAAAGAACUCGUGGUUAUUAUGUCUCGUCAAGGUGGAUUCCUGGUACUUUAACUAACCCAACAGAAAUAUCGUCAUCUUGGGAAAGACAUGAAGUUGAUAUGUUAGAUAGACCUACAGGUAGAGAAUUAUCUCCAGAAGAACAAACGGGUAUUGUCAAACCAGACUUACUUGUUAUAUUAAAUCCUACCGAAAAUAGAAAUGCAUUGAAUGAAGCCAUGCAAGCUAGAGUGCCAACAAUUGGUAUUAUUGAUACCGACUCUGAGCCUUCUAUUGUAACUUACCCAAUACCCGGUAAUGAUGAUUCAUUAAGAUCUGUAAAUCUACUACUUGGUGUCCUGGCUAAGGCUGGAGAACGUGGUCUAAAGAAUCGUUUACAAAAGGCAUCAAAUUAA